AUGAUCGCCUGGCAGCUUUGCAAGGCCCUUCGCCGGAUGUAUACGUCGUCCUCCGAGCUUCAGUAUAUCACCGAACUGGGUGGCCAACAACUGCUCCCUGUCUUCAAUGGUUCUCUUCCUGUUUCAGAGCGCCUACAACUCCUGAGGGACAAAGCCCGCGCAUGGUCCACGUUUGACGUUCACUCUUCUGAAUCAAUCUCUAUCCCACUACAAUUCCGUAGACGAACGAAGGUGUCCGUCGUCAAUGGACAUGCCUGCUUCUGGAAGCCAACUAUGCACUCGGGCAGCAUCUUUCCGAUAGUACCCAAGCCCUUGCAACAAACUAUCGAGCGUGAUUUCUCUCCAGAUUCGCUUUGCUCAAUUCCCAAACAGAGACAAAGCGACUUCGACGUUUUGAAUGUUUUGAUGGACCCAGUGCAAAACCUCCUCGCCAUCGUUUACGCCACGGUUGUUAGAGAUGGUGGCCUGGUGUACGAUGAGGCUUACUAUAUUGACCUUGUAGCCCUGGACGGAGACUGUACCCACCCUCAAGCUGCUGGACGGACUCUGUUUCUCUCUGACUUGCCAAAACGCAAGAACUUUGUUACGAAGAGUACGAAAAUCGAAGGAUUUGGGAGGCAUGUCGCUUUACGACUGUUUGAUGAUCAGCUGUGUAUCCCUUCAUUUACGUCGAGAUGGUGGUUGCAUAUUUGGGACUGGCAACACUCGACAACGUCGAAGUGCAUCCUCAGCGGCCCAAUAGUAGAUCCAGAUUUCAACGAGAUCGACAUUUGCUUCCUCGGAAACGACAGAUUUUUGGUUGUCAACGACGAUUUAAAGCUCUAUUCAAUCGAGGACAUGUCUCAUCAACCGCGAUUGCUGGCUUGCUUCUUGUUGCCCGCGUCAGUGGUGAACCUACGAUGCUUGACUCCGACAGAUGAUAUCGCAAGUAAUUCACAACCCUCACAAGCAACAUGGGUCUCGGAUCCUAAACAUCGACUGAUCUCUCUUGUCACAUGGAAUUCAGAACUUUACUUCAUCAUUUCCACUAGGAUUUUUUUCGAGCCUGACUUCGUUAACUCGGAAAGAACGAAAAUACCAUGGGAGUCUUGGGGUCCUUCAAAUGCCCAUGUUGUCCCGCACCGAUUUUCAUGCAAACUUAGCGUUAGCGGGAGUCGAGCUUUGUAUGCAUUCGCGUCCGGCGUAGAAUUGAAUGAUGGCUUGAUCGUGACAGAGUACAGGAUACAUCUCAUGGACUUCAGUCCGUCGGCUGUGAAGCGCCACCACGAGCAAGGCCUAGGAAGAAUGGUGAACAAGCCAUCUAACGUAGAAAACGUCAAGACGGAUGAAUGCAUCACGACAUCCAUGCCAACACUACCUUCCGGGGUCGAUGGCAACUUGAAGAACGGCCAAAGAUUCGCCAUGAACAUCAUCAGUGAGGCAUUCGUCGAGAAUGCAAAUGCGACUGCCGUAGACGCUCCUCCCGAGUUUGACGAGUGGGCUCUCAGCGGUCUGACAAAGGAGAAAUGUGCCUCGCGCAUCAAGGAAAGCACUUUUAGCAUGGAAUGUGCUAUUCAUACAGUCUGA